AAGCAUGAUUCCGACGAGCUCUUACUGAUAGCAAACGCUGGACAGACUGGUGAAGAAUUUUCUAUCAACGUAAGAGAGCAUUUGUGCAUCGCGCUCGCGUUGUGGUCAUGGGACCCGGUGUGGUGUCACCAAACCGGUGGCAAAAUGAUUCACGUAAAGUGUUGGAGCGAUAGCAAAGCCGCCGUCGCAUGGUGCAGUAAGCUACAUUCGACCAAAUUAUUCAGCCAAGAAAUUAACAGGUGCAUCGGGUUAGCAGAAGCAUUUUUCAACUUACGGGUAUCUGCCAAGCAUAUUCCUGGAUCGACCAACUGGAUGGCUGACGCAGCUUCACGAGCGUGGACCGAACCGCAUCAAACUCGAUGGACUAAAUGUUCGUCUUCCUGGACACAGAUUCCGAUCCCGCGACUUCAAUCUCGGUCGUUGGCCACGUCAUCGACCGCAAAAUUCAACAGCACAUGGGAGCAGUGGACUAAGUGGUGUGAGUGGCUUAACCUCCCCUGGUGGUUACCGGAAAACCCGAGCCAUCACUCGUACCAACUCGCUUUGUUCGCUACCUACUGCUGGCAGUACGGGUGGAACGCCUCCAAAGUGGGGAACACUACCAAUACCGUCCUCUCGAAGAUCUCUCAUUUCUCGUGGCGUCAUCGGAGAAUGCUUGGCUACGGAGUCCGACUUCUCCCUGCGCACCAACUUGCCAUCACCGGAAUGCGACGUUCAAACCCACCCACCAGCCCCAAAAGCCCGACAGACAAGCGGGUACAGCAGCGACGAACUACCGGGUGUUAG